CUCCUCUCUCCCAUGCGUCCCCACCUUGUUACUUCUCUCUCAACACAGAAACCAAAACACUUAUACUAACCUGAGAAACAUUUAACGAAAUGGCGCCCAGAGAUAAGACGGCGGUUAACGGUAAACCUUACGGAACCAACAAUAACAGCGGGAACGUUAAAGAGGUGCAUUUUAGGGGAGUGAGAAAGAGGCCCUGGGGCCGAUACGCCGCCGAGAUUAGAGAUCCCGGCAAGAAGAGCCGUGUUUGGCUUGGUACUUUUGACACCGCGGAAGAAGCUGCCCGAGCUUACGAUGCCGCCGCCCGAGAAUUCCGCGGCGCUAAAGCUAAAACUAACUUUCCCUUGCCUUGUGAGAAUGUAACAAAGAAAAUUUGUAAUAAUCAGAGUCCGAGUCAGAGUAGUACAGUGGAGUCAUCGAGCCGGGAGCCGGCUCUGAUGGUUGAUUCUUCGCCUUUGGAUCUAAAUAUCGGUGGUGGAAGGGGUGGUGGUAGUGGUGGAUUUAACGCCGCCGUUAGAUUUCCGUUUCAGCCCGUGGCUGGUGUUUUCGGUCCUGCGAAUCAGGUGUUCUAUUUUGAUGCUAUUGCUGCUAUGAAGAAUCAGCAGUAUCAGCGGCUCAGAUUCGAUCAUCAUCAGAAUUAUGGUUUCCAUGCUGCCGCGGCGGGGAACGGAAGUGUCCAAAGUGACUCUGAUUCAUCAUCCAUCGUUGAUUUAAACCAUCACGAUGUUAAGCCAAGGAGAAUUCUCGGUUUCGAUCUUAAUUUUCCUCCAGAAGAAAUCGCCUGACUUUUUUUUUCCCCAGAUAAUGGCGUGUUUAUCGGAGAUCAUAAAAACAAUUUCUUUUAUGUUCAUUUUUUCAUGGAAACUUUAUUUUUUAUUUCCCGUUUGAAGAAAAAAGAAAAGUAGGCUAGAAAAAAAAAAAAAAAAUGACGGUCAGCUUUUCAGGUGAUCUGUUGUGAUUUUGAUCACGGAUGUGAAUACGUAGCUGAUCUCCACCUUUUUUGCAACAGAGAAGCCAUCGAGUCUCUUCACUGUUGUUGGUAACUAGUUACUCUGUACUCGGUUCUUUUUUUAAAGAAAAGAAAAGAAAAAUCAAAUGAAUUAAAUUAACACAUAUAUAUUCCUGUAUUAUUUAUUUAUGGCUAAACGAUGGUGUUUCGCCGGAAUAUUGGAAAUAGAUAUUCCGGCCGUGCGGUAGUUGUGCGAUAUGUGUCAGUACGGAUACUUUUGAAUGUGAAUUUUUUCAAAUAAUCAUACUUGCUGCCACGUGGGUGUAGUAUUAUUCUAUUUAUGUUCAGUAAAAAGUGGACACGUGUCACAGCAUGUAGAUUGGUU